GUACCAACACACAACACAACUCACCUUUCAUGCUUACUUGUAUACUUAUUUAUUUAUAAUAUUUCUUUUCUUUUUCUCGCUUCUUCUCUCAUUUUUUCCUCUUGUACUAUUUAGUAUGGGUUAGCGAAUCUAUAACAGUUAAGGGUUUGUUUCUUUUCUUUUACAGUGACCACAUGUAUAUAGAUCCUCGAUCCGCUUUUGUGGCUUGUAUCUUUUGGAUUUUUCUACUCUUACAUCAAUAAACGAGAUUAAAACAGAACGAAAUCGUCAGAUUUUGCGUAAAGGAUAGCUGUUUUAAAUUUCUCACUCCAGAAUAAGUCCGACUUUUUCAAUCAGUCUCUUACUUGAAGAACAGUAGAAAGUUGAAUAAAAUAGCUCAUUUUGAAUUUCCUUAAAGUUGAGUUUUGAUACUUCAUAAUUCAAAGUAUACCUUGAAUAUUUUUUACGAUGUUAUGGCAGCAUGAAAUCCCGCAUAACAAAGUUGUUUAUUCUCUUCUACUCAUUUCUUCUCCUUGCAGCGGGUACAACAUGUGGCCAUUUUCUAAACUGCGAAAGAUCUGGCACGCCAGGUUAUACUAUUGCAUUGAUUAUCAUCGGUUGCAUAAGUCUUUUAUGUGCAUGUAUCGGUUGUUGUGCUCGUGCCAGUCGACAUAGAAAUCCAGUCACACCCUUGUCUCAAAGAACCCAAACUCAAAAUGUUGGAGUGAUGGGUGUUCAAGUUCAUUCCUACCAGAAUAUGGGUUUUCCCACAAGGCCAAAUCCCCUGCUCUCGUCAGUACAUACAAUUCCUAACCCCAUGCAAUCAACGCCGCCACCGCCUGCUUACACGGAACUGCCGCCACCCUCUUAUGAUUUAGCUACUUCUACCGAAAAAAACAAAGUGUAG